AUGAUAGACCUAGAAGGGUCAGAUAGUGAUUCAAGCUCAUUAUCAAUUCAUGAAAACAUACUUUUCCCCAGUCUAGGUAAUAGCAAAAACAAUAAAACCCGAAAUACACAGAAACUGUCAAGAGAUGACGUUAAUCUGUUAGAGACGAACUCAGAUUCAGUUAACCAUUUAAGAAGCACAUUUAUAGCACGAGAUCGUCAACUUCCCUCUUCCACAAAUGAUGACUAUGCUUUAGAAGAAGUCGAUUUGUCUGAUGUUCUGCCGUUGGCUAGCCGACAGCAUGUGGUAUCACCAUUUUCAACCACAAGUAUUAGCGAUACUGUAUCAUUAGAUAGUUCAAUCUUGAAUAAAAUUGCAUCCAAUAUCGGGGGAAACACUGAUGGAAUAGAUCAAACGGGGAAAUUUAAAUAUUUACGACUAUAUGAAAAAUGGAAAAAGAUAAAGAUAAAGACACAAGAUCAAAAAUUAACCAAACCAGGUCAAGAUAUACCACUACAAACAAUGAGUUCUCGAGCGUCUUCAGUGUUUAAUUUAUCUCAAUUAGAUGAUUUCACUAGGUAUGUGAAAGAAACAUCUUUAAACGACAGGAUAUUUCAUGAUUUACAAGAGAGACUACCGCAGCGAAACCAAGGAGGUCAACUGGGAAGACAAGAUGAAAAUUUCCAAAAUUAUUUGGAUUUGGAUUUGGAUGUUGUUGAUGAGAAAGAUUUGGCUGAUAAAUUUUAUCCCACCCAGGAAGAUGAAGAAAAAGAAACAGAUCGAAAUAAAAGAAGGUUAUUCCCUAAAAGAAGUAAGAAAAAAUCUUUAGGAAUGUCUGCUGAAUCAAGGACGGCGACAAAUGAUUUUUUGGAUUCAUAUCAAUCGUCAAGUUCAGAUGUUGUUAGUGAUGACCCACGUUUUCUUCAACGUAAGUUAUCAGUUCGACAUUUACAAAUGAUAUCCUUUGGAGGCACGAUUGGUGUUGGGUUGUUUUUGAAUUCAGGGAAAGCGAUUGCUAUGGCAGGAGGGUUUGGUGCCCUGUUAGCGUUCACUAUAGUAGGGACAUUGGUUUUAUGUACAAUAAUGUCAUUCUGUGAAAUGGUUACUUUUGUUUCAGUGAUUGAUGGUGUAUCGGGACUUUCAUCACGAUUUAUAGACGACGCAUUUGGAUUUGCUGCUGGAUGGCUAUAUUUUUUGAGUUUUUCUACAGGGGUGGCAGGAGAAGUAGUUGCUGGGGUUAUUAUGUUGUCAUAUUAUCCUCAUUUGAAUACUGCAACAAAUACUGGAUCCACUGCUGGAUUUGUCACGUUAUUUCUAGCUUUGAUUUUGGGAAGCAACUUGGUACAUAUUCAAUUCUUUGGUGAGUUGGAGUAUAUCUCGAGUCUAGUGAAAAUGAUUUGGGCGAUUAUUAUGAUGAUUGUAAUGGUGGUUUUGAAUCGAGGAGGAUUUCCUAAUACCCCAGUGAUGGGAUUCAAAUACUGGCAGUACCUGAAGUCUGAUUUUGCAAACAACAUAAUCUUUGGAUUGUUCCGACCAGCAUUUAAUCUUCAUGAUGAUGGCACAAGUUCUCCAAGUGAAGGUAUUGGUGGAGAUAAAGGUAGGUUUAUGUCCUUGUUAACAGCAAUUUUGGUUGUUUGUUACGCAUAUAGUGGAACAGAAAUUGUUUGUAUCGCGGCAUGUGAAGCUAAGAAUCCAAGAAAGGCAUUGCCAUCAGCUACAAGAAGGGUGUUUUGGAGAAUCAUUAUAUUCUACGUUUUAUCAGCAUUUUUGGUAUCCCUCAACGUUUAUGCUGGUGAUCCGCGGUUAUUACGAUACUAUCUGGGUUCGACAGGGAUUAGCCCGUCUGAGUUUGCUACUAAUCCAGCUGUCAUUCAAGCCGGUGGAGAACAUUGUUCUAUAGACUACAAAGUUGUUGCUGGGUAUGGGAGUGGUGCUCAAAGUCCAUGGAUAGUGGCACUUCAAAGCUCUAGUUUGUGUCAAUUUAGUUCCAUAACCAAUGGAUUCUUGGUAUUUUUUGCUGUUAGUUGUGGGAAUGCUCAAUUAUACGUUAGUUCAAGAACGGCUUAUUCGUUGGCAUUACAGGGUAAAGCCCCCAAAUUUCUCACAUACUGCAAUAGAUUUGGAAUACCUUAUAAUGCGGUAUUAUUUGCAGGAUCAUUUGGAUUAUUGGCAUUCGCUUGCGUUAAUGAAUCGGCAACAGUGGUUUUCCAAAAUCUUACCAGUUUAAUUGCAUCAUCGGGUAUAUUUGUGUGGUUUACAAUGUGUUUAACAUUUAUUAGAUUUUAUUAUGGAUUGAAAAGAAGACCCGACAUUUUGGAUAGAAAUGAUAAAUCAUACCCUUAUAAAUCACCUUUCCAACCAUAUUCAGCUAUUGUUGGAUGUAUAGGAACAUUGUUUAUUCUUUUUUCUAUGGGGUUUGUGGUGUUUUUAAAAGGUGAAUGGGACACAAUGUUUUUCUUUUCGAGUUAUGGGUCAAUAAUGAUAUUCACAGUUUUAUACGUUGGUUACAGAUUUAUUAAAGGCACGUCGGUGCCCAGUUUAGAUAAAUUAGACUUUGAUUCGGGGCGAACAGAGAUGGACCGAUACAUUUGGGAUGGAGGUCGAAGCUACAAUAAGAGAAAUGUCAAAGAAGUUGCGCAUAAAUUAGUGUCGUUUCUUGCAUGA